AUGAACACAAAGGUUUUCAUCCUCCUCGGCCUGGUGGCUGUUGUUGCUGCCGACAAAUUGGCAUCUUUCGAGUCAGGAGAGGCCAAAUACGACUUCAACUGGGCUGUCAAACACGACGACUCCGACAACGACUUCGGACACCAGGAGGCCCGCAAUGGAGACGACACCCAGGGAUCCUACUACGUGCAGCUCCCCGACGGCCGCCUGCAGACCGUCAGGUACGUCGUGGACGGCGACAACGGCUACGUGGCUGAGGUCAACUAUGAUGGCGAGGCUCGUUACCCCGACUCCAAUGAAUCAAAAUAA